AUGUCGGCUCCCUCCCGCGACGCGAAUUACACCGCACUGAAGCCGCAAGCACCAACUCCUCUCCUGCGAAGCGAACCUCCCAUGCAAGUCAAGUUUCUCCCACCUCCUGUUUACUCAGACGGCAUCGAUGCAGGCUGCACCUUUGAGGGCUUCAUCCGCGACGACGCCUAUUUCUGCGCAGUAAUGGCAACUUACCUGCUAGACCAGGGCGCAAUCCCCGGUCCAGGUCCAUACCGUUUCGCACGCCUUCCAGAUGGCUACUCCGGCUACCGGCGCAUAAGUGGGGACGAGUCGGUCCAGGUUGAUCGAGUCAUUGCUGGACAUCCUUCCGGCAUGUACUUCACCACCACGGCCGACUUCGUCGAUCAUCUCGCUUGGCUGCAAAUUGACCGAGAAGGAAUGGUCAAUCCAACUUGUCCCUGCGCUAUGUGCAGCGGAACCCCACGAGCAGGAGAAGAGCAUCUGAUACGGGAGGCUGAUUUCUUGCCGGUUCGCACUGCUCAGCUUGUUGAGGAACACUUCGGCGAGUCAGCCGCAGCUCUGCAGCCGCCGCCCUCACCAGGAGAGUUGUGGUGCGACUGGUGUCUUACUCUGCACUCGUUUGGCACGCCUUGCGACACGGAUAACGAUAAGCAGAUCACCGAGGAAGAGAUGGAACUCGCCCGUGAGCUUGGAUUGCUAGAAGAUACGCUGGAGAACAGUUGA